GUCAGUUUUCACGAGGAAAUCAAAUCUUUUACAAAGUUUUUGCGUUUUUAAUCGAUCCCUUAAAAUCAGAACGUGUGCGUCCGUGAGUCGUGAAGUUACCCACUAUGAUGAGCAACGACUCAUCUCCGGUGAAUCAUUCACCGGAGACGGCUGAGGAGAACGGUGGGGUUAUUGAAAAACCAAGUGUUCUGUCUUCCUCGACUAAGAGAAUUUCUGAAUCGCCGGUAAAGGAGAAUUUAGCUCCGGCGGAUACUUCAACGAUGGUGGAUAAUGGUUUAAGUGCUCAUCAAGUGAAACCUCGUUGGUCGUUUUCUUCUUCUAAGAGAAGCUUUGGGAGUAGUAAAGAUGAUACCUUUUAUGAAUCACAUCAAUGGCUGCAAUCUGAUUCUGAAGACGAUUUCUACAGCGUUCAUGGCGAUUUUACUCCAUCACUUGGUAACACUCCAAAGUGUAGUUUCUCUGAGAAACUUCCUCGCUUUCACAACCCUUUAUUUGAAGCAGAGAAGCCUCGAGUAUCAUUUUCGCAUUCUCCAGCACCGCGGAGGAAGAAAUUAGCCGAACUUUUUAGAGAUAGUAUAAGAGAAGAACGAGAGUAUAUUUUGGAAGAAUACUCAUCGGAAAACCAAAGUGAAAAGAGUAAAAAAUCAUCAAGUGAUCACUCUAAUGAGCUCAAGGUCAUUGAAAAUUCUGUAAAAGAAAAAAAGAUUCUUAAGUCUUUGAAUUAUCAUCAUCGAUGUCUUCCGAGAUUCCCGUCUUUUAAAGGAAGUUUAAUGGAGAAGAGAAAGAAGAAGAAGAAAAAAAUUCAUGUGAAAUGAGAUUGAAAAUUUGGAUGCUUUAUUAUGAAAAAUCUAUAAACUUUCACCUGGAAAUUUGGUAAUUUUUACUUGUU